AAUAUUUGUGCUGAUUUGUGCGUGUAAGAUUUUAUCAGUUGUGUGAAAAUUUUGUAAAAUAGUUUCACCGCAUAAUACUAUUAUUUUUUAAUUAUAUAAGAAAGAUAAAUAAGCAAAAGAAGUAGUAAAGAAGCAUAAGGCACAUUAUUAACUAAGAAAAACAUGAUAUACGCAUGGCAAACAUAAUAUUUUAAUAACCAGUGAAAUCGAAGGUGAACAACAACAACAAAGUGGAACGCCAACCCUCCAAAAUUGUGUUUUCGCACAUUUGCCGCCGAUUUUACCGCGUGAAAAGUUGGCUGCAAACGAAUUUGGCUCAAAUAAAUCUAAAUUGAAAGCGUUCGUAUAAACGUUUUCUUUUUUGUUGCAGAGACUACCAAGUAGGCUUGUAACUAACGCGGUUGAAUAUAACCUCUUUCACACGAUGAUACCCACAAACACAGGACUACAUUCGGAAGAUCACAUAUAUUGCCAACGUCAAAACAGUAAUAUGACUUUAGAAAUACGACAAAAUCAUCGUGUACCUCUGCAAGCGCAGCAACAAUUUUCGCAACAAAUCCAGCAUACUUUAUCACCUCGACAACCACAAUUACCCCAACAGCAACAACAAAAUUGUAGUGUAUCAAACAGACUAGACGAAGUAACGCAAACGUUGCAACAGAACCCUUCACAGCAGCACCAAAGGGCGACAGUUUCCGCUACCGUUUUUACUUCGCACGAUUUGGCUGUCGAGAGUGUGAUGCCAGGCAUAUAUUUAACAAAGAAUUUUAUCGCCUGGAAUGAGGAAAAUUUACGUUCUCAUGGCUUUACACAUAUCAUAAUAAUUGACAAGCACAUACAGGAAUUGUAUUAUCCUUCACCCAUAUUUAAAUUAUCCACUGAAAAUACCACUGUUGAUGCAUUUGAUACAUAUGAAUACUUUAGUCAUCCAGCCACUGCGUCACUCAAAUUUGGUAAAGAAUUUGAAGCGAUUGAUUUGAAUUUUGGCGAAAAAUCCUACUUGACCACUGUGUUGCCGAAUUGCUAUCGCGCUGUUAAAUUUAUAAAUAAAGCCUUACUAGCGGGUGGCACAAUCCUGGUAAUCGAUUGUAAUGGCAGUGAACAAAAGUGUGUGACAAUUGUUGUGGCGUAUCUGAUGUACAAGCAUAAUAUAAAUUUUAGCAAGGCAUUUUCGCGCCUAAAAGAGCACUAUGAAAAGGCUGAUCUGGAUCGCUUCUAUAUGACACAAUUGUACGAAUAUGAACCAAUAUUACAGGUGCAGCGUGCACAAUCACGCGGCCAGAGUUGUUCACGUGAAAUGUACUCGGCCAUACUGAAACGUAAGAAGGCAGAUGAUGAGGAAACGAGCGUAUAUGAUGGUAGCAUGCCAUUUUGCAUUAGCAAUACUACACAAGACUUUUUCAAUUCAUUCAAUCCGUUAACAAAUUUUAAUGCGACAACAACAACAAUUGCGGAAAGGAAUUUGAAAACAGUAAAUGCAUUUAGGCAACAAAGACAGCACAAUGAAACACCGGUGCAACGUGAACACAAUGCUGCUUCAUCAUCAGCAAUUUACGGUAGCGAUGAUUAUGCUAUGGAGUAAAUGAACUGAGUUUUUUUUCAAUGUUGGCAACCGGUUAAGCUCCUAGGUUAGUAAUUUUGUAUAUAAAUUUUUGCAUACUUCAUAUAUUUAAGUAUGUUUAACUAGUUUUAAUUAAUGAUAAAGUCAGUCCUUUCCUACAUUUAUAUUCCAAAUAUAUGUUUCACUAAGUAAAAAUAUGACAUCAUUUCACAAAACAAACUUAUUUUGGCCUUCGAAAUUACAGUGCUUCCUUAGAAGAAAAAUUCUUACUUGUAGAUGGUAAUAUUUCCUUAUAGUGAAUGCAAGUCAACAUUUUUUCGUAUUCUCCAGGAGGAGCUCCGAAAAAGACUGUCUUGCGGUGAGAAAUUUUUCUGCUUAAAUUAUUGGUGAUGAUAGAAAGACUAGAAAGACAAAUUCAUAUUUUAUUUUUUGUUUGUUUUAAAUUUACAAUUCAGAGUGGCUUAAAAAUCUAAAAUUUACUAUUAUAGGAAAACGUAUUUCUUUUGUCAUUAUCUGAUAUUUAUAUAAUGUUUGAAAAUUUCAAGUUGAUCCUUUCAGCCGUUUCCGAGUAAUUUUCCUCACCGACAGAUCAACUUUUCGGACAAUAUUUUCAAAUAUACAUAUGUAUAUAAGCAAUAAAUAUAUUGUUUUUUGAAAUUUGCAAGGGGCUAUAACUCUUUAAUCUAUUUUAACAUCUAUUAUUCAAGAAAAUGUCACAAAUAGUAGGUCUACCUUAAACUAUUCUCACUUUUACUUUUAAACACCUUUCAACUUUUUUUCCGAAGAAAAUAUUGUUCUGCUGACGUCUCCAUCAGUUUUUUAAGAAAUUUUUAUUGAAUUAUAUAGCAUAUUUCUAGGCUUCAUGUAGUUUUAUUCACAGUACUUAAUUGUCUAGUAUAUUCACAAUAGAUUUACAGCAAGCCGACAAACUUUAUGAGUGUAUCGCAAGUGUGUUUUUAUUCCCUGAACAGGGUAUAUUACGACCACGAUCUGACAUCAAAAGAACGCAUCGGAAGUACAUUAUAUAUGCAUAUAAAUGAACAGUUUGACGAGUUGAGUCGUUUUAAGGCAAUAUAAGAGGAUUGCACGCGUCCUAAGGUCUAUUGUGCCCUCUCCUCAGUCACAACGACCCACCUAGCCCCAGCACAUUAAUAAAUUCCAAUAUACAGCUCGGUGCUAGUGAGGCGAUGUGAUCCAUAUUUGAAGCAUGGAUCCAAAUGCCUUCAUCCUGCGUCUGCAGACUGUUAUAUAGUCAAUCAGUAGGUGUUCUGGAGUUUCAGGCUCCAUACCGCAGAACCGGCAAUUUGCACAAGAAGUUGGGCUCAUGUUAUAUACAUACAUAAGUGCUUCUUGAGCUUAAAGUGGCUAUCUUACCUACAUAUGUACAUUUAUAAUAAAUAAGUACAAUAUGUAAAUUUCUACGUAAAAGGAAUGCUCGAUUUUUUUUCGGUAAAUCGCUUAAAUAGGACUUUUAAAUUAAUUAAAUUUAUUUAGUGUUUGUUUUAAAUAUUUUUUUUUCAAUUAAUUUAUUUAAAAACUAUACACACAUAUGUAUGCAAGUCAAAUAAUAAGUAUGGCGCUAAUGUCUAACGGUAAUUUAUAAGUGUAUCUUAGUAAAUACAACAUAAAAUAAGAAAUUUACACUAAAUAUUUAUAUAUAUUUAUAUUUCAAAUAGCACUAACAAUUAUUUUGUACGUUUGUAUAUACAUACAUAUAUCUAAAUUUACAACAUUUAUAUCAGAAAAUAAAGUUCAUUUAUGUAUAAAUAUCUAUCCUUACAUAUAUAGCAUAUUUGCCAAAAUUAUUUAUAAAAUUUAAGGCGAUUUCGAUGACAGCACCCGUAUUUGCAUAAAAUUAUCGCUAAAACUAGUGCUUAUUUAAAACUCAACUGCUUUUUGUAACCUCAUCCUUUAUAUAGUAAAUGUUAAAUAGAUCCUCACAUAUCCAUAUACUGGUGUUUAAUCAGUAGUCGUGGGCUGAGGUGCCAUUAAACACGAGGAAUGGAAUUUUUUUUUUCUGUAACGGACAGCACUCGGCAUACAAACGAUUUAAAACAAGAAGGGUGUUACCUUUGACUGCACCGAAGCUAUAAUAUCCUUCACAGGUACAUUUCUUACAGCAUGGGUAUAAAAACUUUAUCUUGAUCGUUCAGUUUAUAUGACGGCUUUAAGCUAUAGUCAACCAAUCUGAACAACAUGUUCGGAAAUUAUUGCGCCGCCUUGUAUAAUAAUCAUGCCAAAUUUCGUAAAUAUAUGUACAUAUAUGUUUUACAUUAAGGGGUUACAUGGGUUUCUUCGGAUAAAAAAUAGCUUGUUUUUUAACAAAUUUU